GGGAGGGAGUGAGGCUCUUCAGCAAGGCUCAUCCACAAGGAAGCUUUCUGUUCCUCUUUGUUCUGCACUCUAGCACAAAACUUGAAGUAUCUGCCCAAAAAAGAGGCAGGUAUUGACAGUGACACAUCGUAUUUCCAAGCUUCUAGGCAUCAAGCAAAGUAGGAACUUGCACAUCACCCUUGAAGAGAAAUGCCCAAGUUCUACCCAUAAUGGGAGUGGAUAUAGAUAUUGGAAGGGCUGAAGCGGAGCAAAUGCAGACCCAACACUGGGAACAGAAACUCCUUUCGAAUGAGUCUUGAUCCAAUUUAACAAGCAUAACUUUGAAGUGGGAUGAUGAUGAUGAUUAAGCAAGGACAGAGAACACUGGACUGUCAGCCAGCAACAUUCUCCAUGUGGGUGCUACAGGAGGCCAGCUUUCAGAAUUCUGUUUCCAGGCACCUAGGGGGAAAAAAGAGAGGGCUACCCUCCAAACCAGUCUGAAUGAGCUUAGCUGUGCUCUGAAUCCCUGCUGGCGAUCUGGCCUUGACAUCUGAGCCUGGGGGUUCUCCCACUUAGCAUUUACACAAGUCCAGAUGAAAUCUAAUGACAAAUUGAAGUGAAUUAACUAGAAAUGGGGAGGCAAUUCAAUUUGCGUUAUGAAUUUAAGGGAGUGCUUAGGAGGUGGGGACAACACUCCACCAAGGCUUUCCAUGGGUGUCUUAUAGAACUCUUGCUGUGUGUAAACAGACUCACUCCUGCUUAGCCUUAACAAGCAAAACAUUUCAGCACACGAUGAAGUAACAAAAAGAGAGAGAGAGAGAGAGAGAGAGAACCAUCGAAGAGGAUGGAUGUUUCCCUAGCUCAUUCUCUGCAGUCGUGGCUGGGUGGGGGAACUCUUUUCCGUUCCUGCUGAGAAGACAGAGCCAGCGUGUUGCCUGAAGGAUCCAGGAGGUACAGCUUAGAUGCAACCUUGUUUUUUUGGCAGAAAGAAAAUAUUGCAGCUAGGGAUUGGGAGCCACCUUAAAAGUGGUAGCUAGAGCUGUCAGGCUGAGUGGGGAAGCGCUCAGACCAAGGGAGACAGCAGUUGCCAGCAAAGACAAGCUCUAUCCACAACAGCACAGCAAGCAGCCUGGAAGAAGAAAACAGACAUUGCUCCCAAGCACUCCUUGUAUGCUUGCCUGCAUUUCCUGACACCCAAGAAGCCACCCAGCCAGCUAAGCCUCCUGGAUUAUAAGGGCCAAGGCUACAGAUGACAGGCUUGGGCAUUCAAAGCCAUCUGCUCUGUUUAUUUGGUUGCCCUAAGUAAAAGGGAAGAAAAGGAAGGGAGGAAAGGAAAGGAAAGCAAGCUUCUGACAACUCGAAAGUCUCACCGUGGGAUCAAAAUCAAGCUGGACCUUUCUGAUUCUGCCAUUAGCACACAGAUCCGGUGACUGGAUUUGAAGACACUGGUGUUCUCCAGGAAGCAUUUUCUGAUGGCACUCCUAGCUACAGCGGAGAUGAAGAUGGCUCUGCAGAGACCAGGCACUUUGGCGUUCAUCCUGAUCAUGAUCUGAGUUCUGCUGUAGAAAAACAACAGUGACUCAGUAGACAUCGGCAGAGCAAAACUUGAGCGAUGGUCCAGAAUAAUUUCUUGUUCUAGAGGUGCAGCUCCUCCUGAAGACCUCUGCUAAGGGUGGAGACAGCCUCCCAGAGCUCACCUGAAAGAUGAACGAUGGCACCUGGAUCACCCUUAGUCCGGCAGAGUUUGCUCAGCUCCAGCAGUAUUCUGAGUAUUCCACAAAGAAACUGAAAGAUGUUUUGGAAGAGUUCCAUGGAGAUGGUGUUCUAGCAAAAUAUAAUCCAGAACAGAAACAAGACACUCUGAACCAACCAAUUGACUAUGAGGGGUUCCAGCUGUUCAUGAGAACAUAUCUGGAGGUGGAUAUUCCAGAGGAGCUCUGCCAGCACCUCUUCAUGUCCUUCAAACGAAAAAUCUGCCAAUAUUCCCCAGAGAGCCAGAGGCAAAGUUCCAGCAUCACACAGCUCAGCAAUCUUGAGUCUAAGUCCAUUGAUGCAGGCAUCUCUAUCCAGACCGAAGUUGCUUGCGCCCCUGUUACAGGGAUCAAUGGGAAAACUUUCCUAACUGCCACAGGAAGGCACACACCUGAACCCAAAAGCUCCCAGGGAAACCUGGCAGAGCCACAAACAGCAUCUCUAAGUCCUGCUCCAACUGCCAAUGCCAACGCCCUUGGGAAUGCCUCGCCUAGCUGGUCCAGGUCGUCUUCACAGAAAUCCACUGCCGGUACCCCCUCGGCUCAAAACUCCUCAGGGUCCUCCAAGCUCUCCUCAGGUUCUCUGCUUAGCCCACAGUCCCCAGGCUCCAGAAGCUUGGAGAAGAAAUUACCAUUCAGCCUUCGAAAGAGCCACAUCUCCCUGAAAACAGCCAGUCCACAUUUGUCAGCCCCACUGGCUCAGGUAGUCUACCUGAAGGACAUUGUCUGCUACCUGUCACUGCUGGAAAGGGGACGGGCUGAGGAUAAGCUGGAGUUUAUGUUUCGCCUCUAUGACACAGAUGGCAAUGGCCUCCUGGACAGCUCGGAGCUGGAUCGUAUUAUCAAUCAGAUGGUUCAUGUAGCAGAAUACCUUGAGUGGGACUCCACAGAACUGAGGCCGAUCUUGAAAGAGAUGAUGGAAGAAAUAGACUAUGAUCAUGAUGGAACUGUGACGCUGGAAGAGUGGAUUCGGGGUGGCAUGACCACUAUUCCUUUGCUGGUUCUGCUGGGCAUGGAAACUAAUGUAAAGGAUGAUGGACAGCAUGCAUGGAGGCUGAAGCACUUCAAGAAGCCUGCCUACUGCAACUUUUGUCGCACUAUGCUGCUGGGCGUCAGGAAGCAAGGCCUGUGCUGCUCCUUCUGUAAAUACACAGUCCAUGAAAGAUGUGUGUCCAAAGAGAUUCCCCCCUGCAUCAGCACUUAUGUGAAAUCAAAGAGAAAUACAACUGUCAUGCAGCACACAUGGAUUGAGGGGAACUCUCCAGCCAAAUGUGAUCGUUGUCAUAAAAGCAUCAAGAGCUACCAGGGCAUUACCGGACUACAUUGUGUAUGGUGCCAAAUCACACUUCACAACAAAUGUGCCUCUCAUGUGAAGCCUGAGUGUGAUGGUGGGCAGCUCAAGGACCACAUCUUAUUGCCUUCGCACAUCUGCCCAGUUGUUCUGGAUAGGCAAUCCCACCCAAGAAGAUCAGACAGUGAAUCGCCAUCCAGCACAUCCCCAGAUGAUACAACCCUGGCCUUCAGAUACAACACCACCACGGUGGAUGGGCAUGGACUACAGAUCACCCCUAAGCCUGGAACACAUCCACUGUUGGUGUUUGUGAACCCCAAGAGUGGAGGGAGACAAGGAGAAAGGGUUCAUCGGAAAUUCCAUUAUCUACUCAACCCCAGACAAGUUUACAACCUGGACCGAGGAGGACCGACUCCUGGUUUAAAUUUUUUCCGUGAUGCUCCAGACUUCCGUAUUUUGGCUUGCGGAGGAGAUGGGACAGUUGGAUGGAUCCUGGACUGCAUAGAUAAGAUAAACAUAGCAAAACACCCUCCUGUGGCUAUCCUGCCCCUGGGAACAGGCAAUGACCUUGCCCGCUGCCUAUGAUGGGGAGGAGGUUAUGAAGGUGGCAACUUAAUGAAGGUCCUGAAGGACAUUGAACACAGUGCAGAGGUAAUGCUGGACCGAUGGCAAAUUGAUGUCAUCCCUAUUGACAAAGAGGAGAAUGGGGACCCUGUCCCUUACAGUAUCAUCAACAACUACUUCUCCAUAGGAGUGGAUGCAUCCAUUGCGCACAGAUUCCACAUGAUGAGGGAAAAACAUCCAGAAAAGUUUAAUAGCAGAAUGAAGAAUAAACUUUGGUAUUUUGAAUUUGGCACAACGGAAACCUUUGCCGCCACCUGCAAGAAGCUCCACGACUAUGUAGAGAUUGAGUGUGAUGGAACAGUUCUGGAUCUGAGUAGCACUUCACUGGAAGGUAUCGCAGUCCUCAACAUUCCUAGCAUGUAUGGCGGCUCCAAUCUCUGGGGGGAGACCAAGAAACAACGCAGCUAUAACCGGAUGAGCAAGAAGGUACCUGAAAAGUUACAAUCCUCAGUGGUUACUGAUGCCAAGGAGCUCAAGUUCUGUUGUCAAGAUCUCAGCGAUCAACUCCUGGAAGUUGUGGGCCUUGAAGGGGCGAUGGAGAUGGGGCAGAUCUAUACUGGACUGAAAAGUGCUGGCAAGAGGCUAGCUCAGUGUUCCUCCGUUACCAUCAGGACAACCAAGCUUUUGCCCAUGCAAGUGGAUGGAGAGCCCUGGAUGCAGCCACCUUGCACAAUUAAAAUCACCCACAAAAGCCAAGUGCCGAUGUUACUGGGACCUCCCCAAAAGAGCAGCUUCUUCUUCCUGAGGAGGAGGAACCGAACUCGAGACUAAUCUGCAACCAAGCAAAAGAACAAUCUUCAGAAGCAGCAGCUCUCCAUUCCGGUGGCAGUCAACCGCACAGGGGGAAAGCCUAUGGAAAGAAACCUUCAUCUCUUCAGAUCUCCUGGCUUCUGAAUCUGCUUUGGAAACAUCGGUCUGGAGGCAGCAUUAUGAACUCUUAGUGGAAAAUAACAGGGUUGGCAUUCGGCAGCCAAACUGAAAUAGCGGUGUGGGUUUGUAUAUACAUGCACACAUAGCCACAUUCUCUAAAUAUCAUUGGCAGGGAUAACACUAACAUUGAUGGUUCAGGGGGAUUUUUCUCCUCCACGGCACCACAGUCUAAGGAGGAGAAACUCUCAAAACUGCUCUGGUUGGACUGUGGCGAGAGUUGGGGACUGUUCUGAGGAGAGCUGUUCUAGGCAGCCAUGAAUUGCACAGCCCUGUCUGAAAGCAAACAAACAGACAUGGAAAACGGCAUGUCUGACGUAGCCCUGCAGAUGGGAUGUGGGAUCUUUUCCAUUUAUUUGGACUCUUUAGAACCCCAGAAGCUGCUGAUAAAACACCAAACUUGGCAAAGAAUCUGAGCUUCACUUAUUUAUUUUUUUAAAGGUAUGUCAGAAGACUUUUGGCAUCUCGCUGUGCUGCCCUCUUGGGUCACCAAAUCCUACACAUGAUAAGAAAUGUUCUUUAUUUAUUUUUUCCUUAGCUUAGGGGAGGGGAGAAACACUGGGGGAGAUAUUAUCCACCACCCCCAAACUCUUGCAACAGCAGUGUCUUUUGCUAGCUUGGUUCUAAUUUUAUUUUAUUUUUUUAAGCAGAAGCUGGUUAGGCGUUCCAUUUCAGAGGCUUAUGAAUGCAGAAAGCAGAGAUUGCCAAGUGAGGAAACCAGAAAGAGUGAAGUUGACAAUAAAAAAGGCAGGAGCCUUUUUUGGCAGUAGAAAGCAAACUCAGGGUACUAUAAAUGUAUGAAUAACAAGUCAGUUUGGUCUGUGAUUAUGAUGACAACCUCACCAACUUGAGGAUCCUUUCAGCUUAGAUGUAGGCCACGCUUCUCUCUGUUAAUUUUUUUGUAUUCUCCUUUCAGUUCUGGAUGCUUUUCUUUUCUUCUGUCUGACCACAUCUGACACAUGUGAACAUGUUUUUAAGUUUUCUCUGGCAGCACUCAUUGAGAGCUCCGCCAGAACUCACUCUUGUCAUGGGACUGACUUUAGUCCAGUGGCAAAAAAUUGCAAAUCAAGUGCUGGAUGUGUUACAAUGGCCUAAACAUGCGGCAAGGAUUGAACCCCCAAACCAAGAGCAAACUCCAUGGUUGGUAUUGGAAUGUCAUUAAAGGCCGGCUUGGUCCCAUGAUGAAAUGUAAGCAAACACAGAGGUCAUCCUAAAGAGCUAAUAUUUCCCACCCACCCCGAUGUAUUUGUUCCUGUAACAGAACAGCACAGAAGAGAACUCUGAAAAACUCACAAAGAGGGGAGAUUAAAAUGGCUCUAUGUUUCAAUAUGAAUUGAAUAGCCAGGUUAGCUGCUAUUCUUCCGUGCUCUAACUCUUUUAACUGCAUAGACUGUGAGUCAAAUUUUGAAUUGUCCAAAAGCAAAACUUGGCAGUCAAGCCACAUUGGGUUUGGAUCCACCAGUAGCCCACAUGCCACCUUGGUGCAAUUCCUAUUUUUUCUUCAAGAGAGGCAUCCAUGAACAGCUUGAAUAGCCUGUAACAUAACUCCUCUUCAAAGCAGACCAGUCAUUGGCAAAUGGGCCUAUGAAAGAGUGUUUUUAUUACAUCAUCAAAGGAAAAGAGUCUGAACCAGACGGUGUUCUUAAUGUAACCUUCUUCUGUGUGAGAUAGCUUUGCAGGAUUUUGUUUGGGUGGCUCUUUGCCCUGGUUUGAAGCUGCUCAGGGUCAGCAAGUACUGUAUGUCUCAUUCACAUUUAACCGCAGGAGAAUAAGGAAGUGUUAACUGGCUCUCCUUGUUGGCUGAGAGGACCACGUGGAAGGCUCGCCUCUGCAUAUCUGAAAGAAAGGAAUGCAAUCUUUGAUUUAUUCUUUGAACGUGGAAAAAGCUAGUGGCACAAUUCCAAAUAUUAUGCCUAUUUAUUUUACCGCUUAAAUAAUGAGGAAGGGUGUUCUCAGCUAAUGUAAUUCUUUCUAGAUGAAGUCACUUGGCUUCACCUAGAACAAACCCUGCCUAACACUCUCAAUAAGCUAGGAAAUCUGGUGGAGACCUUGGCAUCCAUGACAACAUGACUGUAUUUUCAUAGAUAACUGCGUUGCAGUCACAAACACCACAGUGUUACAUUUGGGACCCAUUCAGAUGAUAGCAUUUAUCUGAGAAAGAAGCGAAAGGUAGAACAAACUGUGGUGGCUGUGCAGGUUUGUUCUUACAGCUGGAAAUUGAGGAAUCUCCCCAAAGAUGGAUAUUUUGGCUUUGUGGUCUCAGGAAUGAUUACUGCGUUACCUCUUUAGGGCUGCAUGACAGCUGCUUUCACAGAGGGACCAUUUACACUCAACAACCGAAGUCUCCAUGAGCUGCUUAUUUUUGUGGGGCAGAAGAUACCCCAUUGGCUAUCAGCUACAUUAUCCUACCCCUUCUCCCUUCCCAAAGCUCCCUUUCCUUCCUGCUCAACUCACCUGUCUCUGAACGUUUUUGCAUCACAAUAUCUUUGUCUCUUUUCUUUUCUGUAUUCUGCUUCUUUUGGGGGGUUUUGGUUCAAUGCUGCAAAUAUAGCUUGUUCUCUGUUUUCUCAAAUACAAUUAUCUCCUGCCAUUGAAUUGAUAUUUGGCUUGGCUUGGUUUGGGUUUAAUUGACUGUACAGCAAAGAACAAAGGAAAAUAAUUUCUCCAGAAGCCAGCAGAUAGAAGCUCAGGAUUCUUGAGUUGCCAAGGAGAAAAACAACACAGCACAAAUUCUGUCCCCCUUGGGGAUUUCCAUGCAGUUGCAACCAGAUCUUAUCCCACUUUAUAAAUCUGGUGCAAAAUAAAGAAGAGGCAAGUGUUAAGUACUAGGCAUUUCUGUCUUCCCCAAUCUGGUACCCUCCAGAUACUCUGGACUGUAACUGACCAUUGUCCUGACCAUCAUCCCUGACCAUUGUCCAUGCUAAGCUAUACUGCAGUCCAAAAGACAUGGAGAGCACCAACGUGGGGGAGUCUGAAAUAGAUUCUUAACAAUAAAGGUAGUAAGAUACUAACUGAGAAAACUAAAGGCAAUGGGCCAGGAUUCUUUACAUUGUAAAUAUUAGUUUCUCCCUCUCUGAAAUAUGAGGACAUGCCAAUGCCACAAAUUUAAGCUGGUUUGUUAAUGAGUCCCUUCCUCAGGGAACUAUCAUUCUAUGAAGAGGACCAGUAGCAGAAUUCUCAGGCCCCUAACAAAAACUAUAAUUCUUAUCAUUUGUUGGGGGAAAGUCAUAACAAUUAAACUGGCAUAAAGCACAACUAUGAAACUGGUGUUUGUAGACACGCUGUGAGUGAUUUGAUUCAGGACUAACAAGCUGGCUUACUGAUGAACUAAAUAUCUUGUUUCUUAUAGGACUGUUCAACUGAUAAAAUUGCACUGGUUUAAUUAUAACCAAAUCCACCUUCUUACAAGGAUUACUGGUAUCUGGAUUUGAAAUAAUUCUGGAAAACCAUCAGUGGCUCAAUUGUUAAAAUGGAGCAGGAAAACAAUCACAGAAGGAAGGAGUUAGUAAAUAAA